GCAAAUUAUAAUGAGUAUGAGGGAGAAGACAGUGUUGCGUAUGGCGCAAGAUACUCUGACGCUACUAAUGAACAACAAGAAUGACGCUGUAAGCGCUGUACAAAUAUUCUUAACCGGACAGGGCCCCGAUGAACCAGAGGAUGAGCUUCACGAGUAUAUCCUAUCACAGAAGAGAUUCUCAUCGACUGAACUUGAUUACGAGAUGAACCAAGAAAAGCUGCCCCAAAAACCCGAAUUCGAUUACGAGAUGAAAGAAGAAAAGCCGCCCCAGAAACCCGAAUUCGAUUACGAGAUGAAAGAAGAAAGGCUACCCCAGAAAU